AUGAGCUACCCACCAUCCCAUAAUGGCCAAUAUUCCCCGCAGUAUCUGCAGCAGCAUCACAACCUCCAGCCGCCCCAGCAGACCAUCCAGCCCCAGCUCCUGUAUAACAAUGUGAACGCUGUCAACGCGAAUGCCAACGCUUCGGCGUACCAGUAUGGCAAGCCCGCUGCCUACCCCCAGGUUAUGGUACCACCGUACCAGGCUUAUGGCCAGGUAUACAAUCCACAGCCACAUCAACCGCAGCUCCAUCAUCAACCGCAGCCUCCCCCCCCACCUCCGCCGCAACAACAACCGCCGCCACCGCAAUUCGUGAAUCCUUCGGAUAUAUUCCAACAGCCGCUUCUUCCGUCUCCCUCACCGUCAUCCUUCAGCAAUCAUCGCUCGCCUCAAUAUGGCACACAGCCGCCUGCGGUACCUGUUGCUGGCAACAACCGCCCCCCGGCCCUCACCACGUCCACUCCAGUUGCGCCCGCACCAGUACCAACACCUAUACCAGCGCCUACCCCGACAUACAGCCCCGUACCUAUCGCUAACCAGGUGAAUAAUCAACACUCCAAUAAAUCUGCGCAACCCGCUGCCACCCCGAAACCUCCGGUACAGGCCAAACCUGUUACAGUAAACCCGCCGGCGGUUGCUGCUACACCCCCAGCGCCAUCACCGAAACCAGUUCAAGUCCUGAUACCAGCCCCGUCGCCUGAAGUACAGCAACAUAUUCAACGUCCGCCUCCCAAGAAGCAAACACAAAAACAGCCCACCCAGCAGCCUGCACAAAAGCCUGCGAAACCGGGUAUAGACUAUCAAGUGCUUUUAUUGGCAAUGGCCGAUGAAUAUCUCAAUGCUGCACACAGUCAUGGGACCACAGUGGCGCUAUUGAGGAGGGAAAUGGAGCUCGAGGAGUAUUAUAGGUUGGUCGCAACGGGCCUUGGGUGUUUGGAAGCGGUUUUAAAGAAUUGGAGAUUACAACCGCGAGUGGAAGCUUUGGUGCGACUGAGGUACGCACGGAUCCUCUUUGAGGAGACGGACAACGACUUGGAGGCUGAAACGGCGUUGAGUAAAGGGAUUGAUUUAUGUGAACGAAAUCGUAUGCUUGACCUGAAAUACAGCAUGCAGCAUCUGUUGGCACGGAUGCUAUACAAGACAAACCCGAGAGCUUCCUUGAAGGCUGUGGAUGGGAUGAUACAGGACGUUGAAGCAUACCGUCAUUCCGCCUGGGAAUUCGCCUUUCGCUUUCUUCGAGUAUCGCUUUCGUUGUCUUCGCUUGCUCAUCAAGAAUCGACGUCAGCUCUGCAGCACCUCCACAAGAUUUCUAGCAUGGCAAGCCGCAAUGGGGACAGGGCUGUUUCCGCCAUGUCUUCCAUCGUCGAAGCAUUGUCACACCUUCAGCAAGGAUAUAGCUCUGACUCGAUUGAGCAGGCUCAGCGUGCAAUAGCCACUGCGCGAAGCCAUCAGCUGAACGAUGAGCUACGCCAUAUCCCGCAGCUUGCAACGCUAGUACAGAUUGUGGAUAUCUGUUGCAGUUUGCUUGAAUACGACGUCAAUCAAUCCUCACAAAAACUCAAGGUUUUGCAGGACCUGAUGGAUGAGCGGUUGAGUGACUCAAAUUGGCGUGCUGAUGGAUCAUUCUCCAUACCACUAAGUGGUAAAUCAGCGGGGCCUUCCUCUAUGGACACGGGAGACAUUCUUCAAGUUCAGAAUGGCACGUUGCUUCUUAGCUUCAGUUGGCUGCCUCAACACGACCUUUAUGCACUUUGUUACUUUCUCAGCUCGAUUACGCUGGGUUGUAAGAACUCACACGAUGGACGCAAGGCUGAAAAGUUCCUGCAGGAAGGAGUGCGCAUGCUCAAGGGUAACUUCCAAAAGCCGCAAGAGAUUACAGAAUCGUUGGUCAGUGCCAAUAGGCGCGUGGAAUGGCGCAGGACGCUAUUCUGCAAUCUACUCGCUCACCAAGUAUUUCUGGCCUGUAGCCGAACAGAUUGGGACCUCGCAAAUAGAACCCUGAAGGAGCUCCAGAAAGAGACAGAAGCGAUGGGUGAUGACCUCCCGGACUCUAUCCAAUGCCUGAUGGAGUACGCAGCGGGUACUAUCGCCCAGGCCACGGGUGAUCUACAGGGAGCCCUAGCCGCCUUCCAAUCCCCUAUAUUCUCACUAUCUGGGUUUAGCAAAACCGCCCGCAACGACCCUCAUCGCGACAUCGCGAUAUUAGCCGCCAUCAACACCGUGCUCAUCCUCGGUGACCCAUCUCAUCCAUCUCAUUCUCACCUUCCGAACAUCUUAUCUGCCCUUGAAUCAUUUUGCCGCUCAAGCCCCAACAAAUACAUCCAGGCGGCUUACUACCUGCUCUGCGCAACCGUGCAUACGGAAUCGACGAUUCAGACCAAACAAAAUCUCCAGCAAGCCCUCCAAUCUGCCACGGCAAUCGGAAACAGUCAAAUUACGUGUAUAACGUUGACGUUUAUGAGCUGGAAAUACUUCCGCGGAGUAGUUGGCGAACAAGCUGAGAAGAGCGCUCGAGCCAGUCGCGCAAUGGCAGGAAAGGCCAGUGACCGUCUUUGGGUCAGUGUUACGGAUGAAAUGCUUGCAGAAACACUCGAGAGGCAGGGGAAGGGCGAGGAGGCGAAUGGUGUGCGGGAAGAAGGGAAUCGGGUGAUGAUGAGCCUGCCACCAGCUUUGAGACGGCCAGCCUAG